CAUUUGGCUGCUCGUACUGUGACAAGAGGUUCUCGACAAAUGGAGAAAUGAAGUCCCAUGUGCGCAUUCACACCGGUGAGCGGCCGUAUGCCUGUACUUUUUGUAACAAGAGAUUCACACAGCCAUAUAUGCUCACUGUGCACAUCAGGAGGCAUAAGAAAGAGAAGCCGUACCUGUGCAGCACAUGUGGUAUGUCCUUUCGUACUUCUGGGGCCUUGCGGGUGCACACACGCAAGCACACAGGGGAGCGGCCUAAUCAAUGCGACAUCUGUGGAAAAGGUUUUACCACAGCUAUGCAUUUAACACAACAUCGGCAGUUCCACACAGGAGAGAGGCCGUAUGCUUGCUCACAAUGUGACAUGUCGUUCAAACUGGAGACAGGACUGAAGAGACACAUGAAGACACACAAGAGAGAAACCUUACCAGUGUUUACCAUGUCACAAGGCUUAACAUGAGGGUAGACCUCAAGGUCCAUACGAUCAUCUAGCAUACUGUUUCGACUUUUGGAGAAUGUAUAUUUAGUUAUAAAGAAAAGCCUGGUUCAUUUCUACACAAGGGGACGUUGUUUUAGGGAAUUUCCAUGACAGUACAACACCAACAUGUAUGUAAAUAUGGACCUGAACACUCAAAUGUUACAUGUGUGGAGUAAUGUGUACCUCAUGUUUUAGGAGACCAUUAGCUUAGUUACUGUAGUUUACAGACUUCUGAAUACAAAAUCUACCAAAAUUAAAGAGUGCUCGCACUUGUUCACACUUCUGCACGACCAUUCAAGUGCACUCAGUGUAACAAGGCAUACAACUGGCGCCAACACCUGAAACACCAUUUACUCACUCACAUCUAAAUGAACAGUCCGUUCCUUUGCUUGCGCCUUUGUGAGAAGAGUUUUAGUUCUCAAUCUUUACUUAAAG